GUCGCAUAUCUUCUUGUUUCAUCCUCUUUUCUUCCUCAAUUUCAAAUUAUUUUUAUCUAAAAAAAGAAUCCUAUGCUUGAAGCCUUCAACCAACCAAAAUAAUUUUUGAAAUUAAAUUUUAUUAGCAUACUCUAGCUUAACAUUAAAAUUCAUAAUAAGAUGUACAGAGAGCGAGCCUCCAAGAUGGAAGUGGUAGGCGGCGCCACCGCAAUCGCCGUCGAUCGGAAACGGCUCAUCAACGACCGAUCUUCAGCCUCUACUUCCUCAGCAAUAAUCAACAACGGCGGCAAAGAUUUUACGCCGCAAUCUAAUCAUAAUUAUCUCGUCACUGGAAAAAAGAGCAACGAUAAUCAUCCACUCGCCACAAAUAAUAACAACAAUAAUAACAACGCCUCUGAUGAUGAGGAAUCUGAAACUGACAGUCAAGAGUCUGAUAUUAGUGGUUCUGAUGGGGAGGACACAUCUUGGAUCUCUUGGUUUUGCAAUCUACGGGGUAAUGAAUUCUUUUGUGAAGUUGAAGAUGAGUACAUACAAGAUGAUUUCAACCUCUGUGGUUUAAGCAGCCAAGUUCCAUAUUAUGAUUACGCUCUUGAUUUGAUUUUGGAUGUCGAAUCGUCUUAUGGGGAUAUGUUUACAGAGGAACAACAUGAAUUAGUUGAAUCAGCAGCAGAGAUGCUUUAUGGUCUGAUUCAUGCUCGAUACAUUUUGACAAGCAAAGGGAUGGCAGCUAUGCUGGACAAGUACAAGAACUGUGACUUUGGUAGAUGCCCAAGAGUCUACUGCUGUGGGCAGCCUUGCCUUCCAGUUGGUCAAUCAGACAUUCCUCGAUCAAGUACUGUCAAAAUACUUUGCCCUAGAUGUGAAGAUAUUUACUACCCACGAUCCAAAUAUCAAGGUAACAUUGACGGAGCCUACUUCGGAACAACAUUUUCUCACCUCUUCUUGAUGACAUAUGGGCACCUAAAGCCACAGAAGCCAUCACAGAGCUACGUUCCAAGGGUAUUCGGGUUUAAGUUACAUAAACCAUGACACUGGAAGUGGAAGUUUCUUUUGACGAAAGUCCACAACGAUGAAUUUAUGCAAGAUGCCAUGAAGUGCACACUCCCGUCUCUAAAGCAAAAUACAAAGCAAGGCAACAACAGAAAGACGGAACUGUUUUCUUACUUUGAAGUACCCGAAAGAAAAUAUGCAAAUCUAGCUUUGAACAAGUAGUCAUCAGGCUUCACUUCUCUACAAAUCUAGCUCAGUUUUUCGCUCGUAGAGCAGUUUUAUAAAAUAACUUGUCAUCUUUGUACCUGCCACUUAUUUAGCAUCAUAAACGCUAUUGUUGCAAAAUGAUUUAGGAUGUCAUAGCGGUUAGAUGUUGACCGCAUUACUAUCUAUCAACUAAUCGUGUUUCUGUUUUGCA